AUGGCAAGCCUUCUGUCGCUUAUUACGGUGGCGACAGCGGCCUCGGCUGCCGCUCUCGUACGACGAGACUAUCCAACCGACGAUCCUCUCACUUCCUGCCCGGGUUAUACCGCUUCGAAUGUUGUUAGCACGACAUCAGGAUUGACUGCGGAUUUGAAGUUAGCCGGUGAGGCUUGCAAUGUGUAUGGGACGGAUCUGAAAGACUUGACUCUCGAGGUCUCAUAUGACACUGAGACGAGGCUUCACGUCAAGAUCCAAGAUGCUGCUAAUAACGUCUAUCAAAUUCCCGAGUCCGUUUUCCCUCGGCCAGAAGCCAAGGGUUCCGAAGAAGCGCAGUCGGCAUUGAAGUUCGACUAUACAGAAAGCCCAUUCUCCUUCUCCGUAUCUCGUUCGGACUCGGGCGAGGUCCUCUUCGACACAUCAGCUGCCAACAUAGUGUUUGAGUCACAGUACCUGCGUUUAAGGACAAAGUUACCCGAAAACCCAAGUCUAUAUGGCCUCGGCGAGCAUUCAGACCCUUUUAUGUUAAACACGACUGACUACAUCCGCACAUUUUGGUCGCAGGAUUCAUUCGGCGUCCCCGAAGGUGCGAAUCUAUACGGAAACCAUCCCGUGUAUUACGAGCAUCGAGAAUCGGGUACUCAUGGCGUGUUCUUCUUGAACUCCAACGGUAUGGAUAUCUUGAUCAACAACACGGCUGAAUCCGGACAGUAUCUCGAGUACAACACCCUCGGUGGAGUAUUAGACUUCUACUUCGUCUCUGGCCCGAGCCCGGUCCAAGUUGCGCAACAGUAUGCCGAAAUCGUGGGCCUGCCCGUGAUGCAGCCGUACUGGGGAUUAGGGUUCCAGAACUGUCGGUACGGAUACCAGGACAUUUUCGAAGUAGCUGAGGUAGUCUACAAUUAUAGUCAAGCUAGCAUCCCGCUCGAGACUAUGUGGAAUGAUAUCGACUACAUGUACCGUCGAAGAGUAUUCUCCUUAGAUCCGGAAAGAUAUCCUCUACACAAGACGCGCGAAUUAGUUGACUACCUGCACGCGCACGACCAGCAUUAUAUCGUUAUGGUGGAUCCAGCCUUGGCCUACCAGGACUUCCCAACUGCUUUCCAACGCGGUGUUGAUGACAACAUCUUCAUGCUUCGUGAAAACGGAACUGCGUGGAAGGGUGUUGUCUGGCCCGGAGUCACGGCCUUCCCUGACUGGUUCUCUCCUAACAUCUCCAAGUAUUGGAACAACGAGUUUUCUCUCUUCUUCUCUCCUGAGAAUGGAGUAGAUAUUGAUGCUCUCUGGAUUGAUAUGAACGAACCUUCUAACUUCCCGUGCUUCUUCCCUUGCGAUAACCCUGACGCUUCUGCUGAGGGAUACCCGCCAGACCCACCUCCUGUCCGAACUCCUCCUCGAGCUCUGCCCGGCUUUUCUUGCGACUUCCAGCCCGAAGGAACUGACUGUACGAAGACCGAAGUGACGUCCUUAGAAAUCCGUGAUGGUAUACCCCCAGCACACUUUGACAGCCUCUUCCUCGCGCAGGUCCAGAUAGAGGGUCAGCAACUUGGAUUACCAGACCGUGAUCUUCUCUUCCCGAAGUACGCGAUCCACAACAAGGCCGCGAACACUGACAGCGCGAACGCAGCUGAGGGUGGUAUCUCGAACAAGACGGUCAACACAGAUCUGGUUCACCAUAAUGGCCUGACCAUGUACGAUACACAUAAUUUGUAUGGCACCAUGAUGUCUAUUGCAUCUCAGGAAGCUAUGCUCCAUAGACGUCCUACCGUGAGGCCCAUGAUCAUCACCCGCUCGACGUUUGCCGGAGCUGGCACCAAAGUUGGGCACUGGCUAGGAGACAACGCAUCAACAUGGCACCAUUACCGUCUUGCUAUCAGGAGCAUGAUGGCCUUUGCUUCCGUGUAUCAGAUCCCGAUGGUAGGCGCCGAUACAUGCGGAUUCGACGGCAACACCACCGAGCAGCUGUGUUCACGCUGGGCCGCCCUCGGCGCCUUUGCACCAUUCUUCCGUGUGCACAACGGCCUCGAAGCCAUCUCGCAGGAACUAUACCGCUGGGAGACCGUAACGCAGUCUGCGCGCAAGUUCAUCGACAUCCGCUAUCGUCUACUCGACUACAUGUACACGGCGCUACAUGUUCAGACCCUCGACGGCACGCCCAUGAUCAACCCGCUAUUCUACCUCUACCCGCACGACAAGAACACAUAUCCCCUCGACCUUCAGUAUUUCCUCGGCCCGGGCCUACUUGUCGCCCCCGUGACCGAGGAAAAUAGCACGAGCGUCGACGUGUACCUCCCCGACGAUAUCUUUUACGACUUCUUCACGCACGAGCGCAUCGUGGGCGAGGGCAAGGCUAUUACCGUCACGGACCAGGAGUGGUCGGAUCUACCGCUAUACCUGCGCGGUGGUGUAAUCAUUCCCUUGCGCACCGAAUCCGCCAUGACGACCACCGAAGUGCGCACCAAGCCCUUCGAGAUCAUCGUCCCCGUAGGUAAGGACGGCAAGGCAAGCGGUCGCUUGUACCUCGACGACGGCGUGAGUAUCGAACAACCUGCCACGAGUGAUAUCUUGUUCGAGUACGCAGACGGCGUGCUGACUGUCAACGGCACGUUUGGGUACAAGCCAGAGGAGCUCAGGAUAAGCAAGGUUACAUUCUUGGGUAUCGGGGGUGGGAAUAGCAAGUGCAAGAAGCGCGCUGCGAAAGACGUGGUUACGGUGGAUGUAGAUAGGACGCUUAAGGAGGCCUUUACUGUUGAGGUUGGGAAGGCUUAA